AUGGGAGAGUUCUCUUUACAUCUAGAAGGUGAUCGGGCACAUGAAAUUCCAGCAAAAACUCGUUACCUUUCAUGUGAUGGUACAAGAGUGGUUGAGAAUGUUGAGGAUAUUUUCGCGUGCCAUGAAUUACAUAAUUUUCUCAACUUUGGUUCUCAAAUAAAAGGCAGCAUGCUAUCUAGAAUUGCUCGUCUCAAGUUUUUGCGUGCAUUAUCUUUGGCAAAAAGUUGGCGGGUCAAAAAAAUAAAUAAUGGUAUUACCAAUUUAAAGCACUUGCGUUAUUUAGAUCUUUCACAGACUUCCAUUACAAGGUUACCAAAUUCAAUGUGCUCGAUGAUCAAUCUCCAAACAUUGAAAUUGAAAGGUUGCUAUAAUUUGAAAAUGUUGCCGCCAAAAUUACACAAAUUGAUCAACUUACGUCAUCUGGACUUGGAAAAUAGUGGUAUAAUAAAGAUGCCCAAAUAUAUGGGAAAGUUGAAGCAUCUCCAAACAAUGACACAUUUUUUUGUGAGAAAAGAUGAAGGUUUUCGUUUAAGUGAAAUCGGAGCCUUGAACCAUUUAAGGGGCAUACUAACCAUUUCAAAUCUUGCAAACCUACAUGAUCUUGAUACAGGGAGAGAUGCAAACUUGAAAGAGAAGUGUUUGGAUAGAUUGAAUUUAAAUUGGGGACGAGUGGUAAACCGUGAAAUGUCACAAAAACAAGAGCAAGUAUUGGAGGCGUUGGAGCCAAAUUAUAGCUUAAAGGAGCUCACCAUUAGUUACUGUGGGAGCACUCGAUUUCCGAACUGGGUUGCUGAUCCUGGUUUACCCAAUUUAGUGUCUUUAUAUUUGCAGGAUUGUAAAAAUUUUGUGAGCUUGCCAAUGCUAGGGCAACUACCUUUCCUUGAGAGACUUAAGAUUAAGGGAUUUGAUGGAAUAAAGGUGAUCGGCCAAGAGUUUUAUGGGAAUGCCUGCUCCAGUGCUCCAUUUCGGUCACUUAUAUCUUUAGAUUUUGUGAGCAUGGAAGAAUGGGAGGAAUGGAACAUAUGUUAUGAGGGCGACAGUUUCCCAUGCCUUGAAGAACUUGUCAUGGCGGGAUGUCCAAGAUUGACAAUGUCCCUACCUCAGCACCUUCCUUCUUUGAAAAGACUGUGUAUUUUUGGAUGCCAAAAUCUGGAGACUUUGCUUCCUAAGUCCCCUGUCCUCGAAACUAUAGUUUUAACAGAGUGUGUGAAGAUUUCAAUGAAGCAUAUGCCGACAUGGAGCUCCACAGAAACGCUUCCACCUCUUCAUGUCCUAUCUUUAAAAAAUUGUCCAAAGAUGGAAUCACUCCCGCAAGGAGGUUUGCUUUCACAUCUAAAUCGUCUUAGAAUUAUAAAUUGCCCAAAAGUGAUUGCUUCUCGUAAGGCUUGGGGUUUGCAUGAGCUGCUAUCUUUGAAAGAACUUGCAGUUGGUGAUGACUUUGAAGAUGUGGAAUCCUUCCCAGAGGAAGGAUUGCUGCCACCCAAUCUCCACUCUCUUGUAUUCAACGGAUGCUUAAAAUUAAAAACAAUAAAUUACAGGGGCCUUCUCCACCUCCAUUCUCUUACAUCCUUGGCGUUUUGUAAAUGCCCAAGUCUAAGCUUCGAAGACAUGCCAGAGCAAGGCUUACCCAGAUCCCUUUCCGAUUUACGUAUCAGUUAUCGUUGUCGAUUGCUUAGGCAGUGGUGUCAAAGAGAGAUAGGACCAGAUUGGCCCAAAAUUUCUUACAUCCCUCGCAUCAUAAUAUAUGAUGAACAGCAACGCGUAGAGUUUUAA